AUGCUCGUGGUCGACCAGGCCGUGCUCUUCGAGACGAAGCUCUUCGCCCGGUCUUGCAGAAAAGCGGACUUCUGCGCGGCCUGGGGGACCUUCGAGACGGAUGGCCAGUUUUUCAAAGAGUACUCCGACAUUGUCGCCAAUCGUGGGAAAGUAGGCUCACUCGUGCUGGUGGCUCGGCUACACCCGAAGCCUCUCUGUCAGAUAGCUCUUUCCUUUAAUGGUAUUCGUCGGGGCGUUUGCGUUUUCGCCAAUGCCCACGAAGAAGUCGGGAUCUCUCCCUGGGCGCUGGUGAUAUCGCUAAUGCCCACGAAGUGUGCAUCCGUGAUUUCGUCGUGGAGCUUGGUGGCUCGGGAGAAGUACACCAAGGAGGUCGUUGGCUUUCUGCAUAAGGAGAACGUUGAGAAGGAGCUGCUGAUCGCCCAUCUUAAGGUGCACAAUGACCAUCAGCGCAAAGGUGUGGGAAGGCUCCUGAUCCAGGCUGCUGAGACUCAGGCAUUGAGCGUGGGAUGGGCUUUCGAGUCCGUGUCCGUGCGUGUGCUGCAUGUCAAUUCACGAGCGCAGCAGAUCUUUUACCGCCUUGGAUUCGAUCUCCACGACGAGCCGGCGCCAGAGCCGACACAGAGCAUGCUCGCGAUGUGUGCGAAGAUGAUCCGCCGUGCCCAGCAUAUCCCGGCACCGCCAAAGGAGCGAACAAAAGUGGCACGCUACGUGCAAAUGACAUUCGCUCGGUGGCACUACAAGAACCUCCGCCUGGACCUGGAGAGGCAGAUCUUCAACUGCCCCAUGCCCGAGCCGAAGAAGAAAGAGGGCGACCCCUCUCGGGACGACGACUCGGCGACGCAUCCCUCCAUGCCGGAGUUGAUUCCCGUUUACCAGUACUGGUUGGACUCACCGCCUGCCGAUGAAGAUCCAUUCGCCCAGAUCCAGGGGGUACAUUUCUA